AUGGUUCUGAUCUCACCCCACGCCAUGCAACCCACCCGGGCGUCCUCCACCGUCAGUGUGUUUGCGGACUGCAGCAUCCCGGCCGGGCUCCGGAUAGGACCGGUACCUGGCAUCUUCAAACUGGGGAAGUACUUAUCGGACCGUAAGGAAGUUGGACCGAAGAAAAAGAUCCGCUUGGUACGCGGGGAAUUCGUGGACGAGUCCGGUUGUCCCGUGCCAGACUGGAUCGGAUUCAUCCGUGCCGCAAGGAACAACCAAGAGCAAAACCUGGAAGCUGUGUCGGACUUACCUGGCGGCCAGAUUUUUUAUCGCGUGCUGAGAGAAAUCCCAGCUGGAGAGGAGCUCAGUGUCUGGUACUCCAACACUUUGGCCCAGUGGUACGACAUCCCGACCACAGCCACUCCCACGCACGACGAAAAAGGUGAGGAGCGUUACAUCUGCUGGUAUUGCUGGAGAAUAUUCAAAUACCCGAACACACUCAAGGCCCACGUCCACUUCCACUGUGCCCUAAGCAACGGGCGGGGGUUUGUGAGCAGCGAACAGGCCAGAGGCACCGAGACUUUCAGUAGGUCACCAAAAUCCGGAGACAUUCCCAACACUUCCACCUCUCCAAGGAGCAGUAACUCCUCCGUCUCAGAUUCCAGCAGGAGAGCGGUGUCCUCCUCGCCGUUCUUAAACAAAACCGGACUCUCAAAGAAAAGCAGCCCUGAGGAGCAGGACAGGGCCCUCGACAUGAGCGUGGCCUCAGCCAGAAACCAGGGACACUUCCUCGGUCUGGGUGCCACAUCUUCAGUGCUGAGCAGCAUGGGCUUCCAUCCUGGCGUGCGCUCUGCCUUCAGACCCACCGGCGUCUCCAAAGUCCCGGGCGCGGACGCUUCCAGGGAGGAGACCAGUGGGAAGCUGAGCGGCCUCGGAUUCAGCAAACUUAUAGGGAACAUGAAACCGAUCCGCAACAUGAACGAGGGUCUUAACGGUGGAGGGAGUCAUCCUCCAAAGUGCGCGCCUGCCAUCAUAGACUCAACAUCUUCAAUGGUGCCAUGCACAAACGCAAUCCGGGGUUUUCCGCUGCUGCCUCACAUGGAAGAAACGUCAGCUUUUAAGCACGUGGAGAGCAGGAUGCACUCCGGCCUGUCCCCAUCCCGUUACCCGCAAAUGCCCCCUGGACUCCACUUUGAAAGGUUUUCCCUCCCUCACUUUGACGGUGUCAAGACCUACAGCGGAGACUGUAACAUCCCUCUGAUGCCCUUCACUGUCUACAACGGGGAGCUUUUAUACAGCUCACCCUACUAUCCCCUCAAAUUUCACUUCGGCAACCUCCUCAAGUACCCAGAGUCCAUGUCCUACUUUGGCGCGCCAUCCCUGAGCCAGGAUCUGGGCUCAAUCACAAACAUUGACCGGGAGAUCGCAAUGCACACGCAACAGUUGUCUGAGAUCUCCGCGGAGAAGAACCGGACGCGGCUGGACUCCAUCCCAGCCGGGAGCACCAGCAACACCGGCUCCGGCAAACCCAAAAAGGGACACCUGUGUCUGUACUGCGGCAAGCUGUACUCACGGAAAUACGGCCUGAAAAUCCACAUGAGGACUCAUACAGGUUACAAACCGCUCAAGUGCAAGGUGUGUUUUAGGCCUUUCGGGGAUCCCAGCAACCUGAACAAACACAUCCGGCUUCACGCGGAGGGAAACACGCCGUACAGGUGCGACUUCUGCGGGAAAGUGCUGGUGCGGAGGCGGGACCUGGAGCGGCACGUCAAGUCCAGACAUCCCGGACAGACAGUGAAGAAACUGGACCACAAACCGGGUGGCCUGUUUGAGGACGCGGAGCAUAAGAGCGACAAUGACAGUGAGGUGGAUGUUUGCUUCACAGACGACCAGAGCGACCAAGAGUCGAGCAAAAACAACGACUGAGUUGUUCAAAUGCCUCCCAAAAAAGACUGUAGACAGAAAAAAAUACGUCUUUUUAAAUCUUGUAUGAAGUCUUGCAAUUUAUUUAACUCUCAUUUUGGUCGUUCACCAUAAAAUGCGUCUAAAAAUACCACCCAGGUGGAGAGGAAGAACCAAUCAUUUGCACACUAAAUAUAGCUUUUUUGUCAUUUUUUACCCCAAUGAUAAUAUUAAGACUUAAAAUACGAUGCCAACUUAAGACAAUUAGUAAAACAUAACACAAAUUCUGUUUGUUGUUCAUGAAAGAUACAAAUUAAAUACCCAAAAAUCUGCCUGCUGCAGACAUUUCAUUCAUACCAAAAGCACCAUUAUCUCAUUUCUGUUUUAUGCAAACUGAGAAAAAACAUCAGAUCUGAUUUUUUAUGCAAGCAAACAAGCUAAUCUCCACUAUCUUUGUAAAAUGUUUCC